AUGACAUGGCUACCUGUAAGUAAAUCAUCUAGUUCACUUGUGAGUUUUCAGGUUGGUGCUUCUCUAUUUGCAAGUAACAUCGGCAGUGAACAUUUCAUUGGGUUAUCUGGGUCUGGCGCAGCUGCUGGUUUUGGAGUUGGAGCCUUCGAAUUAAAUGUCAAUUUGUACUCUGGUGCAUUGUUUCUUGCGGAGGCUAUUGACUGGAACAUAUGGUGGUCGAUUUUACUUCAGUUAUCCCUUUCUACACUAAUAACCAUUCUUGGAGGUCUGGCUGCCGUAUUGUAUACAGACACACUCCAGUUCUUCGUGAUGGUUAUCGGCGCUGUGGUGCUAGCUGUCAUGUCUUUUGUUCGUGUUGGUGGAUUUGGUGGUUUGCUUACCAGCUACGGGAGUGCCAUUGCUCAUGUGAAUGCUUCCACUAAACUGGGUAGUGAUGUGCUGCUUGCUCUGGUAGACGCAUACCAGCAGACAAAUGGCACACAACUAAACCAGUUGGCCAAUCACGCCAAAAAUCUGACCAACUUGCAUUGCGGUUUGCCGUCACAGAAAGCGUUUCGCUUACUGCGUGAAGUCGACGAUCCGGAUAUGCCAUGGCUUGGUUUCUUGUUGGGACAAACACCGGCCUCGAUUUGGUACUGGUGCGCUGACCAAAUGAUGGUUCAACGCGCGUUAGCAGCCAAGAGUUUAUCCCAUGCUCAGGGUGGCACGCUGAUGGCCGGUGCGAUCAAAAUAUUGCCACUGUUCAUCAUGGUGAUACCCGGAAUGAUCAGUCGUAUAUUAUUCCCGGACGAACUCGCCUGCCUUCCCGGUGAUGAUUGUUUUAGUAAAUGUGGUCAUCGGAGCGGCUGUGCUGAUAUGGCCUAUCCCAAAUUGGUCUUUGGAAUAAUGCCAUCGGGUUUAAGAGGGCUCAUGUUAGCCGUCAUGUUGGCUGCACUGAUCUCUGAUUUGACAUCAAUCUUCAAUUCGGCAAGCACAUUAUUCACCAUGGAUAUAUACAAACGUUUCCGGAAACGUGCCAAGGAUGCUGAACUGGUUCUCAUAGGCCGGUAA